AUUGUAAAUCCCCUCCCAUCCUCCCCAAACCUCAUCAUUGAGGCUGGCACUGCAAUCCUUGGUACUGGUGUUCCUGCUAUGGCCAUCUCUCAAGAAGUCUAUGUUGUGAAUGAGGAAACUGUGGUCACAGCAGGGACAUCCAUCCUCCUUGCUUACAUUGCCAAGGUAUGUGGUUCUACUGCAUCAGCUCUGUUAAACAGGGGACAUUGUGUUGCUAUCAAGCAUGUCAAGACCACUUUGGAAAACUCAUGUGCCAAACAUACUCAGGCUGUAAAAGACUGCAUCUGCUCUGUCAAACAGACAAAGGACAUCAUGUCACUGAUGCAGGGGCUCUUUCCCAUUUCGAAGGAAACUGCCUGGUUGGAGGCAGAAGUGUUUAUCUACUGUCAAAAGGUUGCACUGGCAUCCAAGCUCAAGACCAUCCUGGACAGCUGGGUGCACUAUGAGCAACAGCUGAAGGAGAGCAAGCAGGUUGAGCUUGCAAAAACUACCAUUGAAAGGGUUACAUCUGAUCUCAGGGAUGAGAAGAUGCAGGAGGAGAUAUUGUCUGAUGCCAUGGCAGAGCUUGAGCAUAAGUCAAUCAUGUUGCAAGUUCCUCACAAAUUCCCUCUGAUGAUUGACAAUAACAGAACUUGUGAAAAGCAAAGCAAUCUAGGGAGGUCAUGGCUAGCUAGAUUACUUAUAGAAAAUGUAGCACAUCAACACCCUUUUUUUAUUGGACUUAUCUUGAAUAUUGAUAUAGUUGUCCAUGAAAUCAGUUUUGCCACCUCAUGA